AUGGAGCGCAAAAAGAUUGUGCACGCCCUCGAUACGCCGUAUUCUGCGGUGGAAUGGCCGCAUAUUUCUCAAGAUGACCAAGAUACUAUUUUGGAACUGCUUUGCCAGCUCUUAGCCCCCAUCGGAGCUCAUCGCGAAUCCUUCAUCACACCGUCCAAGGGCAAACGCAAACGCGUCAGAAAGGCCAACAACCCAGCCGGUUCCGGAACGGAGAAGCCUGUCGAACCCAUCCCCCCAUCUCCACCAAUAUCCGCCCACGUCGACGUCGGCCUUUCCGUCAUCUCCCGCGGCCUUCAGGCGAUGUCACGGGAGGAGGACAAUUCACCGUCAGGACCCAGCCCAUCAUCGACCAAGAACACCACCAAAAUAGAAUCCAAGACACCCCAGCCGCCUCCACCAAUCGCAGAGCCCGGUUCUAGAACCAGACCACCACCGUACAGCAUCGUCUUUGUCGCCCGCUCCGGCCAAUCCUCCGCCUUCCACUGCCACUUCCCACAGAUGGUCGCAUUGGCCUCACAGACCCAGCAGCCGACCAACUCCAACCCGGACCCCGCCAUCCGCCUAGUCGGCUUCUCCAGGGCGUGCGAAGACAGGUUGAGCGCCGCGCUCGGAGUGCCGCGGGUGUCGAGCGUGGCCCUACGUGCCGGUGCUGAGUCGUCGGGGCCAGAAGGCGUGUCGCAGGCCCGGGGGUUGGUGGAGUUUGUGAGGGAACGGGUGGCCCCGGUGGAUGUUGCUUGGUUGAGGGAGGAAGGGGGGGUCGGGAAAAGGAAAGGGGGGUUCUUGGAGACGAGGAUUGAGGCGGUGCCGACUAAGGUUGGUGUGAAGAAAGUCAAGGCUAAGUAA